AUGUCCAAGUACGAACCUUACCGAGGAGAACCGACAAAGUCGGGCGAGAUCGCCCCAGACUACGUUGAGUUAGAAACAACAAGAUGGCAUUCCGUCCCGCAAGAAGACCAAGAAUCAACCGCCUAUGACCCUGCACAACCCAUAGAAACAACAUCAACCCGGAGCACAAAAAACGACAUGGAGACACAACUACCUCUCGGCCAAGCUAUCAAAACGUAUCCCAAGAUCGCGGGUUAUUGUCUCGCCAUGACAAUUCCCAUCAUCGGAUGGGGCUACGACUUGCUUGUUGUCGGUGCCAUUACUGGCGAGGACUCGUUCAAGGCGGAUUACGGCAAGAUGAUUGAUGGAGAAAUGACCAUUCCGGGAAAUUGGCUAUCUCUGUGGAUGGGUCUUCCUCCUGCUGGAGCAGCUGCAGGUGCCCUGUUGGGCGGUUGGCUACAGAACCGCAUCGGCCGAAAGUUCUCUCUCAUGAUCGGUAGCAUCAUCUCAGCCAUGGCUAUUGCAUGCAUCUUCUUCUCGCAUCUUCCCCCCGAGCCCGAUACCAAGCGAGUCGUCAUUACUGUUGGUUUGACUUUCCAAGGAUUCACAGUCGGCAUCAUCAAGACCACUUGUCUUACCUGGGUGUCGGAAAAUGCUCCAACAGCACUUCGAGGUCCGGCCAUGGCUCUUUUCCCAACCUUCACCUUGAUCGGCCAACUCAUCGGCGCGAUCGUGGUGUAUGCGGUUAACCAGAUGGGAAACAAGAAUGGCUACCUUGGAGCCUUUGGUUCUCAGUGGAUUCUCGUCCUUGGCCCUUUCACUCUAUCCUGCCUCAUGCCCGAAAGCCCUGCCCACCUUAUCCGAACGAACCAGGAAGAGAGAGCCAUUCGUUCUGCAACCCGUCUUUUCGGCCCCAAGAUGAACCCGUACAGUGCCUUGGAGAAGAUCCGAGAAACCAUUGAGGAGGAAAAAGCGACGACCGCAUCAGUUUCUUACUGGGCCUGUUUCAAGGGAAGCAACCUCCGCCGUACCAUGAUUGUCAUAUUGGCAAACGUCAUCCCUGCGUUGUUUGGUCUGGAACUUUUGUCCAAUGCCACAGUCUUUCUUCAGAGCAUUGGCAUGGCAUCUGGUCCGAGUUUGCUCAUCAUGAUUGGUGGCAUCAUCGCAGGAAUGGUGGCCAAUGGUAUUGGCUUCUGGCUUCUUUCUCGCACAGGCCGAAGAAGCAUGACUAUCGUGUCAAUGGGUAUCGCUUCACUUUUGUGGGGAGCUAUGGGUAUUUCAGGCUUCUGGUCGGGUCCAGCGCUUGCCUGGCUGGCUGCAGGACUCAUGAUCUCUGUCAUUGUGGUGUGCGGUUUGGGUUGCUGGCCAGCAGGCUACGCAAUCAUGGGAGAAACAAGCUCUCUCCAACUCCGAUCCCUCACGCACGGCAUUGGAAGCGUGGCAUCCCAAGCUGCAUCUAUCACCCUAGCCGUCCUGCUACCAAUGCUCUUCAGCAAAGACAAGGCAGCCCUUGGAGCAAAGACCGCAUUUGUCUUUUGUGGCCUUUGCAUUAUCGGCGUCGUUCUGGCCUGGUUGUGGAUUCCCGAGAUGAAGGGCAGGAGUAUGAUUGAGCUUGAUCACAUGUUUGAGAUGAGGCUUCCUACGAGGAAGUUUAAGGGUUUUAAGAUGGAGACGCAUGAGAUUCAGGAGGCAUCGCCGCUGGCUGAACGCGGCGCGUAG